CUCUCUCUAAAACGCGCAGGCUCCGCCGAAGCCCGCUGCGCUUCCCGACGGCUGCUGGGAGCGCUGCACCGUUGCCAUGGCGACCAUUUUACGUUAACUAGUUCGUAGCUUUCAUCCAGAGUGACUGCGGGGGCAGCUCCUCACCCAUUCGCUCUCGGCUCCCUGCGGCAGAAAGGCCUUAGCUGGCUCCGGGGGUCGGGCCCAGCGUUCUUUGGCGCUCUGCGGGGGCGGGAUGGCUGCGGAAGAAGAGGACGAGGUAGAGUGGGUGGUGGAGAGCAUCGCGGGGUUCCUGCGAGGCCCGGACUGGUCUAUCCCCAUCUUGGACUUUGUGGAGCAGAAAUGUGAAGUUUUUGAUGAUGAAGAAGAAAGCAAAUUGACUUACACAGAGAUUCAUCAGGAAUACAAAGAACUAGUUGAAAAGCUUUUAGAAAGUUACCUCAAAGAAAUCGGAAUUAAUGAAGAUCAAUUUCAAGAAGCAUGCACUUCUCCUCUUGCAAAGACCCGUACAUCACAGGCCAUUUUACAACCUGUGUUGGCUGCAGAAGAUUUUACUAUCUUUAAAGCAAUGAUGGUCCAGAAAAACAUUGAAAUGCAGCUUCAAGCCAUUCGAAUAAUUCAAGAAAGAAAUGGGGUCUUACCUGACUGCUUAACCGAUGGUUCUGAUGUGGUCAGUGACCUUGAACAGGAAGAGAUGAAAAUCCUGAGGGAAGUUCUUAGAAAAUCAAAAGAGGAAUAUGACCAGGAGGAAGAAAGGAAGAGAAAAAAGCAGUUAUCAGAGGCUAAAACCGAAGAGCCCCCAGUGCACGUCAGUGAAACUGCAAAAAUGAAUAGUUCCCAAGGGGAUGGUGAACAUUUUGCACAGCCACCCUCAGAAGUUAAAGUGCAUUUUGCUAACCAGUCAGUGCAACCUUUCGCAAGAAAGCUGGAAAUGUUGCCUGAAACUUCCUCGCUCCCAGAAAAAGGCCUGAAGAUUCCUGGCUUUGAACAUACAAGCAUUGAAGGACCAAUAGCAAAUUUAUCAACCCUUGGAAUGGAAGAGCUCCGGCAACGAGAACACUAUCUCAAACAGAAGAGAGAUAAGUUGAUGUCCAUGAGAAAGGACAUGAGGACUAAGCAGAUGCAAAAUUCAGAACAGAAGGAAAAACCUGCUGAGGAGGUAGAGGAAAUGACAGAGAAACCAGAAAUGACAGCAGAGGAGAAGCAAACAUUACUAAAGAGGAGAUUGCUUGCAGAGAAACUUAAAGAAGAAGUUAUUAAUAAGUAAAUUUACAACCAAUUUAUCAAAACAAAUUCAAAUUU